UGCACGCGUGUCCCCACCCCCUCCUAAGCAUGAAGGUGGAGAAAGAGAGGGACCUUGCCCCUUGCGCCGGCCUCCGGUUGGCUGAGUAGUACGGCUGCCACCCGGCCCCCCCUAGCGCCGUGCCUGAAUCUGAGGCUGGUUCUGAACGAUGCUCCAGCGUGUAGGCCCUCUCGCCCGUCACGGGCCCGGCCACAGCGCCCUGCUCAGGCUUUGGAACAUUGAAGCGCCCAGGCCGCGCCCUUCGCCAAGUCCGCGCACACCCAGACUUCGGCCAGACAACCGAGUCUCCGAGACACCCGCUCUGGGAGCCCCAGAGGGAGGGCUAGGCCAGUUCUCCCGCUUCCCAAGAAGAGUCUGAGACAGAGACCUUGACACUGAGAACACCCUUCCCCGUUCUGAUGCAAGCAGCUUAGAGACAUUGGAGCCUGAGGCAAGAAUGUCACAGACCUUUUCCAGGUGGUUGUCCAGGUUCUCCCAGCUGGGGAAAAACAAACUCGUCUGGAAGUCAAAGGGCCCAUUCAUCAACCCAUUGAUGUGGUCCAUACAGUGCCCAGCACCAGAGAACACAUUCAAGUCACCGUGGGACAGCUGGCCUGCACUGUGUCAAGAUGCCCAUGAGUCAGGAGCCAAACAUAGGAAUACUCCUGGAAACUACUCCCAACUUGAAUGGCUAGCUAGAACCUAACCACACACAGAAGUGACUGCAAGUGCGUAAAUGUAUCCCACUAACCCAAAACUACAUGUAUUCUCAACUUAACCUACUUGGUUCCCAGAAUGCCUGCAGCCACUCCAGAGUCACUCUACAAAAAGGGAAGUGGGCCAGAGGGGAAGGUGGCAUGGAGUGACACAGCGAUCUUAACCAUUUGUGGUGAAGACAUCUUACUUUUGCAAAUUUUACAAAAACACAUGACCUUGUGAAACGAUGGUGAAGAGCCCCAUGCAGGGCCUUUGGAAGGGGCCUGUGCAAGUGAGGGGACCUGAAGCUUUAGCUUCCUUACUGUCGCAGUAAAUCUGCUUCUGAGGAUGGGAAAGAAACUCACUAGCUGCUGCUAUGCCGAGGGUGAGCGUUGUGUACACACGCCUUAACUCAGCUGGUGAGGCGGCUACACAUCUAGUCGCCUGAAAGCAGAACGACCUGACUCUGAAAAGUCAUUUCUCAACGAAUAGUUAUCUACUGUGCACCUCCUCGCCCAGGCGCUGUGCUGAGGGUCAGGACAGAGAGAAAACAUGGACCCCUGAUCUUGAAGGGGUCACUGUCCAGCCAGGCAGGAACAAGGAACGGUUGGCCACAACAAAGAUGGCGGCAGCGGCCUCACACGGCAACGGCAACGUCGACGCCAUUCAUCAACGAGCGCGAUAUCAUAUAGUUCCGCCUUGCCGGUCAAACGUCACUUCCGGCCCCAGCCAGCGGCGAGCGCGCCUGUCUUCCGGCUUUGGGCUUGGAUGUGCGGACGGAGGUGAGUGGUCUCCGAGUCUCGCGGAGGGAAUCGCAGGAAAUGCGGAGCCAGCAACAUGGACAGGUCAGGCGGGAAGUCCGCGGCUGUUGUCGCAGUUGUGACUGAACCUCGGUAUACCCAGCGAUACAGGGAAUAUCUCGAGAAGCAGAAACUCCUGGAGGGACAGCACCGUGUGGAAAAGAUGCCGGAUGGCACCGUGGCGCUACCGGUGCUGGGAGAGGUCCUCACUGAGCAGCACCUGCGGGAGCUGAGGAAUCGUGUGGCUCCAGGCAGCACCUGUGUGGUAACGCAGCUCCUGAAUCCUGUUCCUUCAAAGAAGGCCCAGGCUUGUUCACCUGCCCAAAGGCUGUGUCUUGAGGUGAGUCGCUGGGUAGAGGGCCGCGGAGUGACGUGGUCAGCUCAGCUGGAGGCUGAUCUGCCCCGAUCUUGGCAACGACAUGGCGACCUCUUGUUGCUGAGUGAGGACUGUUUCCAAGCCAAGCAAUGGAGAAACUUGGAACCAGAACUCUGGGAGACGGUUGCCUCGGCACUUGGCGUCCAGCGUUUGGCCAAACGAGGGCGGGUGUCACCGGAUGGCACUCGAACUCCAGCAGUGAAUCUGCUGCUGGGCGACCAUGGCUGGGUGGAGCAUGUGGAUAAUGGGAUCCGAUAUAAGUUUGACGUGACCCAGUGCAUGUUCUCCUUCGGAAACAUCACUGAGAAGCUUCGUGUGGCAUCGCUGCCCUGUGCUGGAGAAGUGCUGGUGGAUCUCUAUGCAGGGAUUGGUUAUUUUACCUUGCCUUUCCUAGUUCAUGCUGGUGCAGCCUUCGUCCAUGCCUGCGAGUGGAACCCCCAUGCUGUAGUUGCUCUGAGAAAUAACCUUGAGCUCAAUGGAGUAGCUGAUCGAUGCCAGAUACACUUUGGGGAUAACAGAAAACUGAAGCUCUCAAACAUUGCGGACAGGGUGAACCUGGGGCUUAUUCCCAGCUCUGAAGAAGGCUGGCCCAUUGCCUGCCAAACGCUAAGACAGGAUGCUGGAGGCAUUUUGCAUAUUCACCAAAAUGUGGAAUCUUUCCCAGGGAAGACUCUCCAGCCUCCUGGAAGCAGUGAAAUGGAAAAGGAGUAUUGGUCUUCUCCUCAGCAAAUGAUCACCAACCAGUUGAAAAAUGGAGCUGCCAGUGAUUCUAGGAGAAAAAUGCUGUCAGCCGCCACCAAGCCAGAGUGGCAAAGGUGGGCAGAAGCUGCAGCAACUCGAAUUGCCACUCUUCUUCAACAGGUGUACGGGAAACCGUGGAAGACACAAAUCCUGCACAUCCAACCAGUGAAAUCCUAUGCUCCCCACGUGGAUCACAUAGUCCUGGAUCUGGAAUGCCGCCCCUGUCCUCUAGUUGGCUAGAGAAGGUGGAUCCUGAGACAGGAGGAUCUACGUGUGAGUGACCCUUAAAGCAUCAACUCAGGCUGGGGCCUCACCCCUCUUGUCUCCUGGUAAUCUAUUUUAAUAUUUUGUUGCCCUAAAAGCAGGCUCUAAAUCAAUGCAUAUUAUUUCAUUUGUCUUCCAUUAACACCCUACAGAAUGAGCUACGUAUCUGGAAGAAGUAGUGUGGCUCAUUGAAAUGAGGCCUGGCUGUGCAAUUGUGAGUUCUGACCUCAGUUCUAUCUAACCUGGGGUACAUGGUUCCAGUAUUCCUUUGGCCUUGAAUUUUCUCAUUUGCAAAAUGAGGGAUUCUUGGCCAGGUCUCACAUGGCUGUCACCUAAUAAAUAGUUAUACACAGGGCAUUGGUUAUUUUAGAGUGAAGGACGCAGUGCUGUUUCCAAAAUCACUGCAGCUACAGUAUGGAAAUUCACCUGAGUGGGGCCAGGUUGGAAGCAGGGAGACGGGCGAGGAGGCUUCUGUGGCGGUUCAGGCAUGAGAUGAUGGUGGCUCGGACUAGGGUGGUGGCAGUGGGAGGUGAAUGGAUUUGAGAAGUAAAAUCAAUGAGUCUGAGCAUUGGAGUCCAAAGCAAGGCAUUCAAGUGGUGCUGCUUGGUUAUGACUGACUAAAUUAGGGAGGGAAGAGGACAAAAGUUACUCUAAAUUACCUCCAUUCGUCUACUUUAGCAUUCCUAAAUGAGUAGGUGCGGGGAGGGUGUGUCUUAGGUUUAUUGUAGUAGAGAAAGUGUUAAGAAUGACUGCUUUAAAUGACAGGGCAGGGAAACUAGGUUUCCAGCCCUAGCUAGUGCAGUAGCUGCCAAUUGCUAGCUCAUUUUUAAAGUUUGAAUUAAAAUCUUAGAUUUUUACAGGCCUCAGACUCCCUUUCCAUCUUCCUUCCCUGGCCGAGAACAUCAGGGUCAACAUAAGGAGCUCUAAGGAAUGUGAGAUACUGUGUUUUCCAAGCCUCCCCUUAUUUUAUGGCUGUCUGCCAGUGCCAUUGUUUACUGUUGGAAUGACUACAUGUAAGGAAUCACUGUUUACUUUUAGGAUGACUAAUUGUCAAGAAUCAAUUCUCAGACCUUUGUUUUGGUGCACUUUGAAGCCAUCUGGGCUUGUUUUCCUCAUGAAGGAAAUAUAGAAAAGUGUGGUUUGGGAGUUCCCUGGUGGCCCAGUGGUUAGGAUUCUAGGCUUUCACUGCUAUGGCCUGGGUUCAGUCCCUGGUAGGGGAACUGAGAUCCCGCAAGCCGUGUGGCGAGGCCAAAAAAAGGAAAAAGGUAAAGUGUGGCUUUAUCAGGAUUUUGAUUGUACCUGGCAUUUGUCUGGCUGCGGUUGGGCUGGGCUGCUUGUUCUCUUGCAGCAGUGCCAGUAAGGACAGGAUUGGUGCUGCUUGUGUUGUUCUGGAAAUAUUAAAUGCCUACCAUCAACAUGAGCCACAGGAAAUAUGAAGAGCCAUUAGAUACUGUCUCUGAGGAGCUCCCAAGCUAGCAACAGACGUAACACAAAUGCUGCAAGAGUCAGAACGCAGUAAGUGCCGUAUGAGUGAUAGCUCGUUGUAGGAGUGUAAAGGUGGGGAAGGAAAAAAAGCUGAGAAUUGAAUGAGGAGGUCUUCAGAGAGCUAGUGUUUGAAUUGGCUCUUAAAAACAGGGUGAGAUUUUGUUAAGUGGAGUCUGAUGCUGGUUGAAGAGACUAACAGGUGCCAGAGUUUGGAAGCUCAGAGUGUUUGGGGUGUGGCCAUUAGAUCAGUUUGGAACAGAAGCAGCAGUGAGAGAUGUGCUGAAGGUGGGGGUCGCUGUAAGGAUUAAAAAGAAGAGUGUCUAGUGCAGAGUAGGCCCCCAGGAAAUGUUGGCUAUCAUGUGACCCCGCAGAGGGAGCCUGCUAGAUUCCAUUCCCAUCCCACAGAACGGCCUUCUUGCCUUUGCCUUCAUUUCACACACUGGGUUUCUUCUCACACCUGUGCCUACAGCAUCCUCUCCUCAAGCUAAAGAUGCCAGGCGGGGUUUGAGCCAAUCCAGGGGGAGAAACAGGGAGGAAGAUGAGUCGGAGCUGCAUGUCCAGGGGCUGAGGAAUUAGCUUCCUGCCAUAAGCUGUGGGAGAGGCGGCUGAUGUCACGUGCACCCAAAUGAAUUCAUUCAACUUGUUAUACGUAUCAGGCCCUGAGUGUUAGUGGGGAAGGAAGAUUGACAUGGGCUCUGCCUUCGUGGCAUUUAGGUUCCACUCAUUCAGCUCCUGGCUCCUCUACUUUCUAUGUGACCUGAGGCAAGUCAUGAAUCUCUCAUGAUUUCGUUUCCUCGUCUGUAUGCUGGAGUUAACAAUUGAACAUAUCCUGAAGGAAAGUUGUUGGGUUUAAAUGAGUUAACAUAUGUUAACUGUCAUCACAGUGACUGGUAUAUCAUGGAUAUUUUAGUCUUUGUAUGAGGGGAGCUACCAUUUCCCAAUUUGGCUGUGAGGGAUUGCUGCACAUCUGCUUUACUUACAGCAGAGUGACUUUAUUUUGAAAGCCAUUCACUGGUUUAUUAGGAUGUUCUGUGAAUUUCCCCAUCAGGCACUAUGCGGAGGGCCAGGGACGUAGAGGUGAGUAAACCUGAGUCCUGCCCACAAUGGAAUCACCAUCUGGUGACAUGGACACAGAUGAAGCAAUGUCAGUACUGUGUACUAAGUGCACAUAUAGAAACAAGUGGGUUUUUACAGGCACAUGUAGGAUCUGGGUUCUGGGAGGUGGAGAGGGUGGCUGGGAAGGCGGGAGCAGGGAUGCCUAAGCUGAGAGAGAGUGUGCAGAGUUACGUGUGAUGGGAGAGAAUAAGGGUCCCUUAAUAAGCCUCUUCUCCACCUGAGUAUAUCCAUUUACAGUACAGUUUUCUCCAAGCACUUGCUGGAUGGCCUGACCUGGAAGAGACAUUUAGUGGCACCAAGGAAAAAAGACUGAAGGGGUCAGGAGGCUCAUGGCGUCCUUACAGAUUCAAUCCAGGAAUUUGUAAAAGCUCUAAAGUCUUCCUUUGGGGGCAUUAGUAUUAGUUGCUGAUUAAUGUACCCACUUGAUGGAGAAGUUGUGAUUAAAAAACAAUAAUAAUGAUUUUAUCAAACUCCCUCAACCGUGAGUUGCUCUAUUCAUUCACUCCAUAAUUUUAAUAAAUUACAUGCAUGUAUUAAUACACGAAUAUAAUGUAUAUAUUUAAAAGGUACAAACAGAGAAAUUUAAAACGAUGAGACACAAAUAUAUAGAAAAAGCUUUUUUUUGAGGUACGCGGGCCUCUCACUGUCGUGGCCUCUCCCGUUGCGGAGCACAGGCUCCGGACGCGCAGGCUCAGCGGCCAUGGCUCACGGGCCUAGCCGCUCCGCGGCACGUGGGAUCUUCCUGGAUCGGGGCACGAACCUGUGUCCCCUGCAUCGGCAGGCAGACUCUCAACCACUGCGCCACCAGGGAAGCCCAGAACAAGCAUUUUUAAUUCAGUUUCUUCCACCCUGGGCACACAUGUGAGAAGAAACCCCAGUAUAUGUCACUCUGAACAGCCUCAAGGUGCAGCCACUUCACAUGGGCAAGCCAUAAGACUCGGCAUUUUCAAAUUAAACUAUUAUUUUAAAUGAUUAAAACUAUUUUCAUAUUUUUAAAAGCAUUUUUGAGUUUUGUUCUGGAAUAUAGUUAGGUUACUUGGAAACAGUUUGAUCUUUUUGAGUCUUGCUUUUAAGCACUUGUUAGAGCAGCAUAUAGUCUAGGAUUAAUUUUUUUCCAUUUUUGAAGCAAGACCUUUCUUCGUUCUCUGACGCCUUGUGAAUUAUGAGAUUUUCCACUCUUGCUGUAUGUAGGAACAGGAAUUAUCCACCACCCUGUGUGGUGUGAGCUCUGAGUAUUUUUUCCUAUAAUCCUUUCUGGUGGGUCUUUUGUUGGCUGUUGGUAGUUUCCUAUCAUGUGGGCUGAUCAUUACUCAGCUGAAAACUUUUAAGGUAACAGUCGGCAGAUCUCUGGAGUUCCCUUUGUGUGCGGCUUUCUCCUCCCUGGCAUUCUACCCUGUGAACUCUACUUACUUGGGCUCCCAGGACUCACCUCCUCACCUCAGGGAGUUAGACUGCUGGCCUCCACUCCAUCCUCAUGCCACAGCCUGGAAAAGUUCCAGGCUGUAAGUUGGAGCAAUUGUAUGGCUCACCUGGUUUGUUUUCCACCUCUCAUGGACCAUUGCUCUUCAUCGCCUAUGUCCGAUGCCUUGAGGGCCGUUUCAUAAAUUUUGUCAGUUUUUUUUUUAACUAUUUAGAAGUUUAUAAUAAUUGUUUUGACGUAAAUGUACUAGCUUUCACAAUCAUUAUUAUUGAUGAAAUUCACUCUAGCAAUAAUAUACAUACUUCAGCUGACACAAUGUUUCAACAUGUAAAGCACAGAAGAAUUUCUUGCUACAAUUAUGUUUAGAAUGCUUACCUAUAUUAUAAAAUGAAUAUUAAAAUAUUAGCAGUGAUAUCUUUCUGAUUAGAUAUAAUAACUUGCAAGAUUUCCUGACCAACAAUCACACACAAUUUCAGAGAGGCCAGAAACAGUGAGAAAAUAGGUAUUUGUCUCUUUGGGUUUUUAAAGGUCAAGGUUGAAUCCAAGGUAAGUAGAAAAUAUUGAAUAUGAGGCUAAAACUGAAUUUUGGCACGACACACACGUAUUAGGUAGGUAGGUAGAUACAGAUGGAUAGACUGUCCUAGUUUCCCUUUUUUUCUUUUAGUAAUUGAAUUUUAUUUUAAGAUCAAAGCUAAACGUACAGUUUCAAAAUUCAAAUAAAAGUAGCAAAACUUUAUGGAAAAAACAAAGCAGUUCUGCAGCACCAUGGUGAAGCAGCUGUCCUGCAGCUCCUUUCCCUUCACUUUGUGUGUCUACUUUCAGCACUUUCAAAUGGGCCUAUGUGCCAAAGGAGAUGCAGGACCUAACCUACAUGUACCAACAGGAGCCGUGAGAGUCUGUUGAACUGGGUGCUGAGGGUGUGGGAUGGGAAGCAGUUUGCAUUCAUAUAGGACAGAGAACAGUACUUGCCCACCCUCUAUCAUAAUAUAGUCUGAAGAGAUCUAGACCAUCUCAACCUUCCACAGAAUGUCACACUGACCUAUUACAUUCAUGACAUCAUUACUACUUGGGCCAGGUAAACAAUAAGUAGCUAGCAUAUUAUACUCCCAAGGAUAGGAAAUAAUCACUAAUAAGAACAAGCAACCUUUUACAUCAGUGAAAUUUUUAGAGUCCAGUGGUCUGCUUGAGUGUCAAGAUGUCUCCUUCGUAGUAAAGAACAAAUUUUUGCAUCUCACUCAUUUUAUCAAUAAUCGGCCACCAAGAAUGCACACCAAGCUCCAGGCUGCUUUGUGGGAAUUCAGAACUGGAGAAUUCUGCUCCGACUCAUAUACUGGGUGACUGGAAGGCUGCCAGUCUUCAGUGGGAUCCAGAGCACAUAAAGGCUCUGUAGCAGGUACAGGCUGCAGUGUAAUGAGCCCUAUUGCAUGGGCCAUUCAGUACAGGAGAUUCUAUGGGACAAGAGUAUCUGUGAUAAGCAUAGCAGCCAUGGGAGUUUAUGGCAAGCUGCAACUGGAGGAUCGCAAGGUAGACUUCUAGGCUCUGUAGCAAAGCCAAAGCAUCUGCAGUGGGGAACCACACGUCAUUCAAAAAUGGCCCCUUGCAUGCUGAUGGGCCUUGGUAGGAACUGAGCAUCUCAUGGGACAUCAAGUAACCCUUCAUGAGCUAGGUUUUGUCAGACCCACCAAGUCGGUCCAUCAUAAGGUGGAAGCGGUACACCUGGGAUCGGUGACAAGUAGGGCCAGGGGAAAUGAAUAGGCGAUGGUCCAGACUCCCGUAUCAUACGUAUAACACUUGAACCAGGGUCCCUCCCUCAGUUCACAACUGCGGCUGCUUGAGAGGCUCUUUUGUCUAGCUGAUUCAGGACAAAAAAGCCCAAGCUAAGUUCACCAGUGGGUUUAUUGGAAUAUGGGUUCAAAACUAAAAUAGACUUCUGCCCUACAGCCCAAAUCAGGAGUGCUGUUAAAAGACAGGUGAAUUCUCCAAAAAGGCAGAAUUUGGGGCAGUAUUCCUGGUCAUCCACUUUGUGUGGAAAAAGUAGUGGCUUGAAGUAAGAAUAUAUCUUCUUGGAAGGUGGCAAAUAAGUUGGCUAGAUGAUCAGGGGCCUGGCAUGAAAAAGAUUAGAUCAGGGACAGGGAAGCCUGGAGAAGAAGCAGUGGAGAAAUCUGCGGGAUUCGGCACAUGAGUAAAGAACUUUGUGUUGUAUAACAACGCCUACCAGGAUAAUCCACCACAGAACAGGCACUCAACAACCAGGUAAACAGACUUGGCCAGUCCUUCAGCAACCGCAGCCACCAGCUGUCCCAGUACUGGCACAAUGCGCUCAUGUACAUUGUCACGUCCCAGGGAUGCAGGUGAGCAAGAGGUCAACAGCACGGCUUCCACUCACCAAGUGGCCACUCCCUCAUGUUCAGCACUGAGCCCUUGAUACAAUAGCAUCCCUCAAGGAAACCAAGCAGCUACUUGGUAGCAAGUUGAUUACAUUGGGCGCCUAUCCUGGAAGGACAGUGACUGACCUUUACUAGAAUCUUCCUGUCUCCAGGUAUGAGUUUGCCUUUCCUGUCCACAAGAUGUUGGCUAGACUACUUGUCCAAGGGUUUACAAGUGUUUGAUCCAUCAAUAUGUAUCCUGCAUAAUAUUGCCUUUGACGUAGGGACCUACUUUACAGCAAAGGACUGUUUCAUGACCAUGGGGUUCACUGGUCCUAUCACAUACUCCAGAACCUAGAAAAUGCUGGCCCGGUGGAGUGGUGAAAAAUCCUUUUGAAGCUUCAGCAAAAGCUUGGAAGAUGUGAAGAUAUGAUGCCGUCCCCCAGGACUCAGUAUACUAAAUCAAACUCAUUAUAUAGUGCCAUGUCCAGUAUAGAGAGAAAAUGCAAGUCUGGGAAUGAAAAGGUAGAAAUAGAAUUCCCCUUGUAGGCUAAAUAAUGGCCCCCAAAUACGUCCGUGUCCUAAUACCCAGAACCUGUGAAUAUGUGAUCUUACAUGGUAAAAGGGACUUGGCAGGUGUGAUUAAGAUGGGGAGAAUAGCCUUGAUGAUCCAGGUGGACCCAAUAUAAUCUCAGAGGUCCUUGUAAGAGGGAGAUGGGAGCAAGUAGUAGGAGAUCUGAUGACCAAAGCAGGAUGGAGUGAUGUAAGGAAGAGACCAUGAGCCAAGGAAUGUAGGCAGAGCCUCCAGAAACUGAAAAAGGCAAAUGGAUUCUCUCCCAAAGCCUUCAGGAGAAAUGCAGCCUUGCUGACACCUUGAUUUUAGAUUUCUGAUCGCCAUAAUUUAAGAGAAUAAAUGUGUUGUUUUAAACCACUAAGUUUGUGGUAAUUUAUUAUAGCAGCAGUAGGAAAUUAAUACACCCACUUUCUGUCUCCACUGAUUCAUGUGCUUCCCAUCCCCACAACUCUGCUCUAGAGCAACGCUCCCCAACCUUUUUGGCACCAGGGACCGGUGUCGUGGAAGACAGUUUUUCCACGGACGGGGGGGAAGGUUCAGGCGGUAAUGCGAGCGAUGCAGAGAGGCGGAUGAAACUUGCUCACUCGCCAGCCGCUCACCUGCUGUGCGGCCCGGUUCCGAACAGGCCCGGGGGUUGGGGACCCCGGCUCUAGAGGGCUGCUUCCUAUCAGGGGAACUGUUUCAUCAGGAGACACAAUUAAUAGAUCCAUUAAACUUUAACCUAUGAGGUUUCCCAGUAAUUUGAGGCUCCUUGUGCCAAGAGACCAGCAGACAAGAACGAAUCACCAUCCUGGCUGGAGUAAUUGAACCUGAUCAGGAGGAAGUGGAGUUACUGACAAUGCGGGCAGAAAGGAAUGUACUUCACUCAUUGCGUCUGCUAGGCUGUCUCUUUGAUACUUCCCUACCCUAUAUCAGGAGUAAAAUGGGCAACUUCCAAAAUGGCAGAAUAAGGACCUCCAAAAACUGGCUCUUCCAUAAAAAGCAAUGAGAACACUGGCAAAAAUUGUCAAAAUCAACCUUUUCAGAAUUCUAGAAACUAAAGGCUUGCGACAAUCUAAGGAGCAUUCAUUCAAGAAAAACAGCUAAGUCUUGAUUAAAAAGGAAAGCUUCUGGCAUUUUAACUUGCUCUAUUCCCAGCCCCUCACUUAUAAUACAAUGUUAAAUUGUUCCUAAUUUUAGGGAGAAUGCCUGUACUGUGUUUGACCAUUAAGUUAUAUGCUGUCCUUAGGUAGUAUCCAUAGAGUCCCAUUAUAGUGCUGUUUUUAAAAAAAUCAUCCUUUUUCCACUGCACUGUAGUGUCACUUUUAUGAUAAAUCAGGUGAUUGUAUAUGUGUGGGUCUAUUUCUAGACUUUCUCUUCUGUUCCAUGGGUCAGUUUUUCUAUCCAUGUACCACCAAUACCAUCUUGUCUAAAUUAGAGCCUUGGAAUAAGUCCUGAUAUGAUACUGUAAAUCAUUCAACUUUAUUCUUUAAGAUUGCGUUAGUUAUUCUUGAUCUUUUGCAUUUUCUUACGGAUUUUAAAAUCAGCUUGUCAAUUUUUUGAAAAAAAGUCCUGCUGAGAUUUUUUUUGGGGGGAGGAAUUACAUUGAACCUAUAAGGUAAAGUUGACAUCUUUGCAAUAUUGCAUCUUUCACCUUGAAGCUUUUGUUCUACUCAUUUGGGUGUAGCUAUGAAAUGAGAAGUGGUUAUCAGAAGCCUGGAUGACAGGAUCCCGUCCAGGGUGAAGGAUCCUGUAUUUCCCGUCUGUCAGAGGGAUACUAUAUCCAUCUUCUCUAGGCUCCCUGCCUUGACAGAUGUUUUUAACUUAGUAUUACUUGUACUCUUCCUCUCAGCAGUAUCUAAUCCCUCAGAUUAUUCUUAACCAUCACCUUAGAUGACUAACAUAUUUGAGCCUAUCAUAUAUUUAUAUCCUAAUAUAAAUUCAGUACCACUGAAUGGUUAUCACAUAUAACAACCCACACUAAUAAACAGUAUCUUCACAGUACUAACACAGUAUGUAUCAUAGGGGUUCCAAUGAGUAUUUCUCCUAAAAUCUGUUUACCAUAUACCAUACUAAGUACCUAAAACAUGUUGUUUUAAUUUGUGUAACAAGCAUGAGCAGUUACUUGCAGAGGAUCAGAUCUUAGGCUGUGGAAUCUGAAAAGUGUGAGUUAGAAACCUGCCACUCUUAAUUGCCUGUGUCCUUGGACAGGUUUGUGGAGGAUUAAAUUGGAUAAUACAUGUUAUAUGUUUUGUAUCUUAUCUGACAUUAUUAACCUUUUUUUCUCUUUUUCCCAGAUGAGGAUACUGAAGAUUAGAGCUUAAGUACAUUGUCUAGAGACAGAGAACUAGCGAGAAGCAGAAGUGGGUAAGCAUACUGCCAGGCAUAUAGAAAGUGCUCAGUAAAUGUUGAAUGAAUGAAUGAAUGAAUGAACCAAAGUCAGUCAGUAUGUACUCAACGUUGACUCCAAAUGCCACUAUAUUCUCUCAUGUUUCCUUUGUUAACUAAACAACAAGAGAUUCUUCCUAUUCAUUUGGCAUUUACAAAACGAGAAAAUUCAAAUAGCUGAAUUUCCAUGAGCACAUCUGAAAUUUACUUUAAUGAAUGAGAAAAACUAUGAAGUAAUUUAGGAUCAGAGAUUAUUUUCCAAGUAGUUCCCAAGGUCUGAGAUAAAGUUAUGGUGUGUAUUUAUCCUUUUUGGGGCUAUCAAUACCUACCCUUCUUCCAGCAUCCCCACCUUCCAUUUGAAGGAAAUACAAAAUACGUUGGCAGGGAGAGCUGGGGUGGGUAAUUCUAAGUGCUUGUUUCCUGCUGCUUUCUCCCACUAAGGAAGCUGCUUGUACCUGCCCUCUGGUACAGCUUGGGUACAGAUACAUGGUCCAAUAAGCUUGACCAAUUGCAUAGUCACUCUUGGAACCUGAAAUUCUGAAGAAUAAUUAAAAUAAUUCUUUAAUAAAUUCCCUUUUUGCUUAAGAUAGCCCAGAAUCAGUUCCUGUUGCGUGUAACAAAGACUUGGCUGAUGUAAAUAUCAACCGAAAAUUGAAACUAGUUUUUACACAUUCUACAUCUAAAGGCUUUUUAGAGGUACUAAAAGGCUUCUGAACCAUUAAAGCCAAAUGAACAGAUUGUUAUUUUUGAACAUGGGUAAUUUAUGAAUACACACACACACACACACACACACACAGCUACCCCACAUACUGUUCUGGGUAGACUCAAUUUAAUAUAUACCUGAGUUGUGCAACAUUCAAAUCCAUGUAGAAGCCAAAGAGAUUAGAUUCAGUGAAUUGCAGCUAUUUCUUUGAAAGCUUAUCUUUUAUCUUAAAAAUCCCUAAAAGCAUUCUAAAAACUACCUCAUUAAUGUAAAUUUAGAUUUAAGGUAGUAUUUUAAAGUACUUGCCAGGAUCUUAUUCAUACCUUCAUUUUAUAGAUAGGGAGAGUGAGACCUAGUGAGUUUAAAGAGACAUGCUUGAAGUCAUAUAAGAUAACUGUGCCACCACUCCUGAAAGUUCUGGGCCCAAGGUGGAAUUUAGUUUUAAUUAGAAAUUCUUAUACUAAUAGAAUUUGUGCAUCAAAUUAAGAUCAGAAACUGUUAAAACAUGGAUAGGCAAGAAAGUAUAGAGGAGGGACAAAAAUCUUUUCCUUCCUAGGUUCUGUGGCUGGGGCCCUGGAAAUUAAACCAAUAAAAUAAAGAUUAACAAGAGAAACACGAGAGUUUAUUAACUCAUGCCAUGCACAUACGUCCAGGAGAAACUAAGUGUUGAAUAACUCAAAGAGGUGGCUACAAUUCGGGGCUUAUAUAGCAUCUUAACAAAGAACAAUGCAUUGUAGAGAAGUGAUAAAGGAAAAGGGGUUUAGGCUUUUGGGGUGGCAGACUGUGGGAAGGUGAAUGGGGGGAAACUAAUGGAUAAGGAUUAGCUUAAUAAGCUUUGCCAGUGAUUAAGUCUAAGAGUCGUCCUCUUCUUGGUAAGGGAGAGGGAGACACCUUUACCAAUAGAAAUUUAUGUCCUAUUUUCAGGCAAAUGGGAAGGAGGGAAGUGUUGAGCUGGAGAGCUUUUUGUUUGUUCCUGCUGUUUCUCAACUGUCUUCAGUUCAAAAUAAUCAUGUCAAAGUAACAUAUUUUGGGGUGGCAUGUUCUGAUCCUCUACAAAAACAAAAAAGUAUGGCCUCUUCUGCCCUGAGAAGGAAAGAAGGCACUGACUGUGUGUUCUUACCUCAAAGAUUAGAAACAAAGACAGAGGUCAGAGUUCUUGCCCUUAAGUCACAUUAGUAAUGAGUUCUUGGUACUUCCCUGGUUGCCCAGUGGUUAAGAAUUCCCCUGCCAGUGCAAGGGACACUGGUUGGAGCCCUGGUCCGGGAAGAUCCCACAUGCCGCGGAGCAACUAAGCCCGUGCAGCACAACUACUGAGCCUGCACUCUAGAGCCCGCAAGCUAUAACUACUGAGCCUGCGUGCCAGAACUACUGAAGCCCGCACACCUAGAGCCCGUGCUCCGCAACAAGAGAAGUCACUGCAAUGAGAAGCCUGCGCAUCACAAUGAAGAGUAGCCCCGGCUCGCUGAAACUAGAGAAAGCCCCCGUGCAGCAACAAAGACCCAACGCAGCCAAAAAUAAAUAAAAAACCAAAAAAAAAGGGUUCUUGCCCUUGACAUUAGUAUAAUGUGGCCGACCACGGUCCGCAGUUCUGCCUAAUCGGGUAGUAGAUAGAAAGGAUGAUGUGCAAAGAGAUGAGAGGGAUGUUUUUCUCGGUAGCGCCUACCACUCCAAGCCCAAUACCACGAAGGGUGCCCGCUCCAUACACCGCACGCAGCGACGCCUCCGACAGGCGGCCUUGUAGCAUCUUCCUCGGAAGGUCGACCGCUCAGACCCGGCUUCCCGGUGGGGUGGAGUAGCUCUGGCAGGCGGCUCCCUUUGGCUCUCCUCCUGCCAAGCAGUUCUAAAUCAUGUUUAUGGGACGUUUAAUGGGCUCUAAUAAAGCAGCUAAU